AAGAACAACUCGUAUUUUACGUCUUUCCCCCUUAAAUCUUGUCCCUGUGAGGUAAAGAGCACAUUACUGUAGCUGUUAUUUAUAUGCAUCUGUGUAAACGUGUUAGUGAUUUAUACAUCUUUAAUACAUGAUCAUAAGACUUUAACACCUGGACGUCAUUUUCUGAAUCCAUGUUACGAGAACCUCGGUUUAUAUUUACUCCAUUUUGAUUCGGUUAAGUCAUGAAGUCUUUUUGGCAAGAUCUUACUCGUAAAGAGUUGAUUCCUGUCAAGAUAUUGAUGUUCCUCAUUUAUGGAGGACAGGCUACGCUGUACCCCUACUUUACAGUGCAUCUUAAAUCUCUCGGCAUGUCAAUCCGGGAAACUGCUAUAAUCUUUGCCGUCCAGCCUCUAGUGGCCUUGUUCGUGGCACCUUUAAUCGGAGUUCUGGCUGAUCGGAUCGGGAACUUCAAAACACUGUUUUGUUUUUUCCUUACCUUUUCAGCUCUCUCGUGUCUUGGACUUUACUUCACACCUCCUGUGGAGAGAAGUUUUCAGGAUGUCAUAUUAGAAUUAAAUUGCCACUCAGAUCCGAACAUUCCAAAUAUUGUCAGACUUAACACGAGUAACUCUUGUACGCCUAAGAACUCUGCACAUAUGGAAGAAAUGACAGUAGAGCUUUCAAAUUGCCAAUAUGUUUGUGAUGAGAACAAGAGAAUCAUUUCUGAUAGUGAAUUAUGCUUUGAAAACGACAAUAUAAAACAACGGAAUUGUGUUAGCAAAAAUGAAAGCACUGUGUUUCAUAUAUUCAACUUGAAUGCUACUUCAUUACAAGAUAAUGAAAACAACACUGUUUUAAUAUCUUACACUCUUUCAAACAACUUUUCGUACGAAGGAAUUUUUAUGAAAGAAUUAUGUGUAUACCAGAGUCUAAAGAGGGGGAUACAUCAAGCUGUUUAA